UCCCUUUUGUGCAUCACACAUCAUCGUCCUGGCUGUGUCGGUGCCUGUAUCAAAGGCAUCAAGAGAAGAGUCCUGAUGCAGAACCCAAGAUUAUUCCUUUCCAGGGUGGGUUUCUUCUACAAAUCAGGACUGCUUCCCUGGGAUAGUGCAAGACCACCAGAUUUGCCACAGUGCUUAUUGGGCAGAGCAUAUAAAGGGAGUUUCACCAGCAAGAUAGCUAAGAAGCACCCAAGCCGACAACAAUAUCAGAAGAAACAAAGGCAUUGUAGACCACAAGAUGCCUCAUGGCAGGAGAGGCUGGCUGAUGUUGUGACUCCACUCUGGAGGCUGAGUUAUGAAGAACAACUCAAGGUGAAAUUUGAAGCUCAGAAGAACAUUUUACAAAGCCUAGAGUCUUACCUACAAGUGCUACAUGGAGUCAGUGGCACGGUGGCUGCACCCCAGUCUGAAGGGCUUCGCUGUCGCCUCCAUCCCAUUAUACCCUCUCCUACCACUGUUGGCUACCGGAACAAAUCUACCUUUUCUGUGAACCGGAGCCCAGAUGGCAAUCCAAAGACCGUGGGCUACUACCUAGGAACUUGGAAAGAUGGAAAUGUCGUCUGUGUACCAUGUAAUCAUCUAAAAAACAUCCCAGAGAAACACAGUCAAGUGGCUCAGUAUUACGAAGUAUUCCUUCGACAGUCUUCAUUGGAACCCUGCCUUCUGUUUCAUGAAGGUGGACACUGGCGAGAACUCAUAGUUCGAACCAAUAGGCAAGGGCACACAAUGGCUAUUGUUACUUUUCAUCCCCAGGGAUUAAGUCAGGAGGAGCUCUGUGUUCAAAAGGUGACCUUGAAGGAUUUUUUCACUAAAGGCCCUGGAGCGAUCUGUGAAUUGACCUCACUCUAUUUCCAGGAAAGCACCAUGACGCGUUGCAGUCAUCAGCAGUCCCCCUACCAGCUCCUGUUUGGGGAACCCCACAUCUUUGAAGAUCUUUUGGGUUUGAAGAUUCGAAUCUCUCCAGAUGCCUUCUUCCAGAUUAACACUGCUGGUGCAGAGAUGCUGUAUCGGACCAUCGGGGAGCUGAGUGGAGUAAACUCUGAUAGCAUCCUCCUAGACAUUUGCUGUGGAACAGGUGUGAUUGGCCUCUCUCUGGCUCAGCGUGCCUCUCAGGUUCAUGGCAUUGAGCUGGUGGAGCAGGCAGUGGAGGAUGCCAGGUGGACUGCAGCCUUCAAUGGUGUCACCAACUGUGAGUUUCAUGCUGGCAGAGCAGAGACGAUUUUGCCACAGCUGUUAAAGUCACAGAAAGAUGAGAAGUUGACUGUCGCUGUGCUGAACCCUGCCCGUGCUGGACUGCAUUACAGAGUGGUGCGAGCCAUCCGGAACUGCAGGGCCAUCCGCACGCUAGUGUUUGUUUCCUGCAAGCCCCAUGGUGAAAGCACAAGGAACUUCAUUGAACUAUGCUGUCCUCCAAACUCUGCUAAGAAGCUUCUAGGUGACCCUUUCAUCCUGAGAGAAGCUGUACCUGUGGAUUUGUUUCCCCACACCCCACAUUGUGAGCUGGUACUCCUCUUCACUCGCUAAGACCAGGAGACUGCAAGCUGAGAAGGCUGAAGUUUCAGAGAUACCCAGGUUGCCAUGGGAGACCGUGGAAGCAUCACCAGAAAGACCAGUCUUUGAAUUUGAAUUUGUCUGGCCUCCUUCUCUGAGGCAGAUUGAACUGUAGCUUGUCCUAUUCCUUUGGGGUUAUCCAUAUUUCCCUAGCUUUGACUGCUCCUAAUUCCUUGAGCCUGGAUUUGUGUUGCUCCAUCCUUUUGCUGUCUAUACAUUCAAUAUACUGUCUUGUCCCCGUCAUGGGAUUUUGCUUUUGUUGUGGGGAUAAGUGCUUUUUGAUCAGCUGGCAAUAAUUUCAUAUUGACCAGGAUCUGUAUAUUCACUCUGAGAUUUUACCAUUCGCAGGUUUUUUUUUAUUUUGGUUGUUGUUGUUUUGUUUUGUUUUAUUUUGAAACAGGGUCUCACAUAGUGCCCUUACAAUGUAACUGAGGUUGACUUCGAACUUGUGAUCCUUCUGCCUGCAUGUGAGUGCUGGGAUUACAGGCAUGUGCCACCACACAUGACUUUAUGCAGUGAUGGGUAUCAAAGCCAGGGAAGGAUGCAUGUGAGGGCAAACCGUUUACUAACUGAGCGACAGCCCCUAGCCCCUUGCAAAUGUUUGUAGGAAGUAGAACCAAAUUGAGCUUUUUACAAAGCAGAAUAAGAGGCUAGGGAGAUGGCUAGCUGGGUAAAGUGCUUAUUGCACAUACACAAGAAGCUGAGUUUGGAUCUCUAGCACGUAAUAACAGGACAUAGUGGCACCUGGCUGUUCUUGUGCUGAGAAGUGUAUACGGGGGGAUUCUGAGGGCUUUCCUGGCCAGUCAAUUUAGCUAAUAGGUGAGCUCCAGUUUCAGUGAGAGACCCUGUCUCAAAUAAAAAAAAAAAGAGAGAGAGAGUUGAAAAAAUGAUAGACACCUGAUAUCAGCAUCUGUCCUCCACAAGUAUAAUCACAGGCACAUGUGUAUAUGUGUGUGUAUGUGUACACAUACUAUACACAUACAAUGCAGACAAAGUUAUAUAGUGAUUACAGGGUUGUUGGGCUUUCUAGACUUUGACACCUCUAGACUGUCCUUUGAUGAUGUGGUUAUCUCGGGCUGGCAUUCACAAGCAUAUAAUGCUCUUGCAGAGGACCUGAGUUUAAUUCCUAGCAUCCAUGUCAAGUUUCUCAUAGCUGCCUAUAGUUCUAGUUCCAGGGGAUCUGAUACCCUCUUCUAACCUCUGUGGACACUGAACUCAUAUGCACAAAACCACAUUCACACACAGGCAAAUACACAUAAUUUUAAAAUAAUUUUUUAAAAAAGAGAAAAUGUGGUUAUCUCUAGGAACAAUAACACCAUUCAUCUCUUACCUGUAGAAGGAGGAUUGGUCAUUAGAGAUACCCAAAGGGGUUAAGAAACUCUGAAAGGAAGGGCUGGAUACUUAGAUUGUCCUGUGUAUUAUGGAGGAAGAAAGUACCAGUAAUCCUAUAGUAAUCCAGUAUGUAUUAUAAUAAAGUGGGUGUUGAAAUUAACUAUA